GUCAUGAACAGGGAGGAACAAAACCACAUUUUACUUUCACUUUCACAGCCUCGGGAAAUGAAGAUCAGAAGCAGCCUAGAUGAACUACACAGUGCUUUAGCGUAUCUCAUUUGAAUGUACUGUUAUUUAUUAUCUUUACAAACAAACAGUCUCGCAGAUAUGCCCAAACUAAAGCUCAUCAGAUUGUGGUUCUGGAUUUGUCUGGCGCGGACGGUGGUCUCCGGAGAAGACCUUAUCCUUAAAGUGGGAGGUGAGCUCGUGUUGACGCCGGACAAGUCCACAGUGCCUGACUCCAUCACAAGCAUCCUAUGGAAGCAUGGGAAUAACAAGGUGGCAGAGUGGGACAAUGAUUUUGGUGGUCUGGACAUCUAUGCUGCCUUCAAAGAGCGCACAAUCCUGGACCAGACUACUGGAGAGCUGAGAAUCAGUGGAUUGAUGAAAACAGACAGUGGAGUUUAUUCUGUGGAGUUCAACAGCAAACUGCUUGACAAGACAUAUACACUGUCUGUUAUCAAGGCAGCCCCCAAACCCACAAUCACUUCUUCCUGUAACGCCAACCAAACCUCCUGCACUCUGACCUGUGAGGGCAACACCACUGAUGCUGAACCAGUCACUUACAGCUGGAAAGUGGGAGAGGGGGUGUGGGAGGUUGGAGGAAAACAGCUGAUUGUCUUUAAGAGCGACACUGGCAAUUCAACCAACAGUUACAAGUACAUCUGCAAGCUGAAUAACUCUGUAAGUGGGGAAGGGGAAGUCAGCGAGCCAGUUGGAGAGGUGUUUGUCUCAGAGCCUUCCAUCAGAGAUUUUGUUGGUGUUGUUGUCACUGCCAUUGUAGCAUUUGUUUUCAUUGUCAUAACAGGAAUGUUGGUGUGGAAGAAAACGACUGGAUAUCCCCAAGACACCUGGAUUGACUUUUUGAGAAAGUUUGAUUGUGGAAAUUGCGCUAAAGUCAGUGAUGGAGCCCAGCCAAAACAAGGCAAGUCAUCCAGUUAAUUUAAGACUGUAUAAAGCAGAAGUAACUUCUUAAAGUUCCAUUUGAUGCUGUAGUUGAGUUUUUCCUUCUGUGUGAUUCUGCAGAGGGGGUUAUGCUAGUG